AUGCUCCCGCCGUCUCCAAAACAGUCCUCCUGUGCACUGAAGUCAAAGGCGGUGUCGGAAUUAUCUAUUUUAGACAACUUUAGUCAGCUGCCGCCGCCGCCGCCACCUCCACCGCCACCUCCGUCGCCGCCACCACCUCUGUUUUGGUCCGAUCUUACAAGUAGACCGAAUGGAGACGCCUUGAAAAUUCAUUGCGACGAAACGCAGGAGGUCGAUUUGCCACUCAGAGGGGGUGGCGAUUCACCUCAGGUUCAGCCGGAACUGCCUAUGGAGCUAGCAGUUUCAAAGGGGACACAAAGCACGUGUACGCAAACGGAACUCGUCGUGGAUAGUGAAGACGAGAUUAUAUUAACACCAUCAACCUCUACAGGUAUGUCUGCCUUCCAACUUUUCAAUGUUAACCGUCUUAUUGACCAUCUAUUCUGA